UCAUUAAUCAUGUUGCAGCUUUCCCUGCCAAUAGUCCUCAGGUCUUCGAGCUAUACUGGUCGCGCACACAGCUGCUCGCACGCGGUCACCCAAAUAUGCUGAAGACCCAGAAGUUUCUGAUGUCGUUCUGGCACAGCAUCAACCCGCACAUCCCAAUAUCGACACAACAUCCCGUUAGCUACGCCGAUCGUCUUCGAAUGCGCCAGCCUGGCGAUGCCAAAUUCGCCGUGGGGCCACACGUGGACGGCGGAAGCGUCGAGCGCUGGGACGAGAAGGGAUACGGUUUGGGCAAAGUCUACGACUCGGUCUGGAAAGGGAAAUGGGAAGACUUUGACCCCUGGGAGGCGAGCUGCCGUCUGUUGGCCAAGCUUGACCUGCACCAGGGCGUAGGAGCUUGCAGCGCGUUUCGCAUGUUCCAGGGCUGGUUGUCGCUGAGUACAUGCAGUGCGUUUGAGGGCACUUUGCUUGUCAAUCCACUUCUGGCCAAGGCAACUGCGUACUACCUUCUCCGCCCAUUUUUCUCGCCGAAGCGUGGCGUCGACCAGGGCGCGCAGACAGCUUCUGAAGCCGUCACCAAGUCAACCGACUUCCUCGCUUCUGAGAACUGGGAGAUGGAUGCUACGCCCUCGGCUUGGGUACAGGGUGCUACACCAGGUCAUGGACAGGAGCUCUCGCGCCUGCUGCAUCCUCACCUCGACUUGCAGAAGUCGAUGGUCCACAUGCCAACAGUCAAGCCUGGUGACUACGUCGCAUGGCAUUGCGAUACCGUCCAUGCUGUCGACAAGGUCCAUGCAGGCAAGGUUGACUCGAGCGUGAUGUACAUUCCGGCUUGCCCAAUGACAGAGGAUAAUGCGAACUACCUCGUGCGCCAGCGUGACAACUUUAUCGAUGGCACACCCAGUCCUGACUUCGGAGGCGGUAUUGGUGAGAGCCAGCACGUUGGACGCAUCAAGCCUGAAGAGAUGCACGAGCUGGUUGGUGAAGAAGGUUGCCGCGCAAUGGGUCUAGAGGCGUGGGACAGCGACGCUGCCGGUUUGAUCCCUGGGCAGCGCGUAAUCCUGGACAGGGCGAAUAAGAUCCUAGGGUUCUAUGACUAGGACUCUGGACGUCAACUGUAAUUCUUAGUGUCUUUUAACUGUGAUUGCUCUUGUACAUGUCUAUCUUCCUUUCAAAUCUAAUUGCGCCAUCUAGCCAAA